ACCUGACUUCAUUGAAUGAGGUUUAGCACCACUUAGUUUUGGUUCGAACCUAAUCCAAAAAUUCAACCCUCAUUAUUGAGUCGGAGGCACUUGGACAUACCUUUAUAUAAAUCUGCAGGCUAAGGACAGGCUGAAAUUCCUGGCUCGUUUUGCUGUGACAGCAAGGAGGUGACGAGCUGGCGCAGGUCGUGGGUUGUUCGUGGAUAAUGCGAGACAGUGGAGGUAGCCUGGCCCAGAACCGCUGGCAGGGAGAUCUGGGUCUGACUGCUGUGGGGCAGAACGACACAGGAGGAGGUGGGAUUCCUGGAGACCACCUCAUAGUCCCAGUGUCAGGCCACAGUGUUUCCAGCCCCAUGCACCUCAGAUUUGGACAGAAAGAAAAAGUGUGGACAGGCGAGUAUGUAGACGAGGAGGAAGAUGGGAUGGGUGGGAUAGAGGCAAUAGGUGAUGAGGAAGAAGUAAACAAUUUGGAUGGGAAAGAAAUGUGUGAGUUUGAGGGCAAAGGUUGGGAAAACAAUGAGGAUGAAGAAGAGGAACAAGAGGUAGAAGAGGAUGGAAACCAGGACGAAGAGGAGUGGGAGAUUCCAGAUUUUCCCUUCCAGUCCACUGAGUACCCUCAUUCACAACAACACAAGCAUCAUGGACCACAACAGAAAGCAGAAAAAGUUGGUGUAGCCACGGUAGAGGAUACUGUCUCCCAGGCAGAAGCAGGGGACUUGUUUAGGUCCCACCUCAGUAGGUACAAUGCUCUGAGGAGGCUCAGGCGUUUGCAGCGUUUGCGAUCCCAUGGAUUUCGACUCACCCAGCACUGGAAGAGCUGGCGUCAGAGAGCCCGGUGGAUAAGCUCACUGGGACACCGACGGAGCCAGAGAGGUCAAAGGCACAAUCUGUAUGGCAAGCAAAGGAGGAUAAAAAGUUAUCAGCGGUCAUCAUACAGUGAAGAAGAGGAUGACAGCAAUGACAAACAGUUCACAAUGUCUGAAAAAGAUAAGCAGAUAAAUGGGUCUUCUGUGGACAAGCAAGAGGAGAGAGUAAGACGGGAAGUGGAGGUCAAACCAGUGGAGUUGGCCCUUACUGAGGAACAUACAAGUUGUGUGAGUGGUAUUCUUGAAGAGUCUUUACAGCAGUAUGGCAGUUUAAUUCCUAUCCAUGUGGAUGACAUCUUGGAGAAGCUUCAGGACAUCUUCAGCGAAAGCUUCUCACAGCCACACAGGAAAGCAAUGGUCCAGCAUCUAAUACAAUCCUUCCAGCGUUCUUCAGGGUCAGCCAUGGCUAAAACAUUCAGAGUCAACUACAAACGCCAUGUUCUGACAAUGGAUGACCUGGGCACUCUGUAUGGACAGAACUGGCUCAACGACCAGGUUAUGAACAUGUAUGGUGAUCUGGUCAUGGACUCUGUGCCGGAGAAGGUCCACUUUUUCAACAGCUUCUUUUAUGAUAAGCUGAGGACCAAAGGCUAUGAAGGAGUGAAACGGUGGACAAAAAACGUUGACAUCUUUCAGAAGGAUCUGUUGUUGAUCCCCAUCCACCUAGAGGUCCACUGGUCACUAGUCAGUGUUGACAUUCCUCGUCGUGCUAUCACUUACUUUGAUUCUCAGCGGACCCUCAACAGGCGCUGUCCAAAGCAUAUUUUUAAGUAUUUGCAAGCCGAGGCCAUCAAAAAAGACCAACAAGACUUUUUGACGGGAUGGAAAGGCUUUUUCAAAAUGAAUGUGGGUCGUCAGAACAAUGACAGUGACUGUGGAGCUUUUGUGCUACAGUACUGCAAGUGUCUGGCGCUAGGGCAACCAUUCAGCUUUGGCCAGCAGGAUAUGCCCCGACUCAGGCGGCAAAUGUACAAAGAACUGUGUCACUGCAAGCUUACCCUGUGACCGACUGUUCCUGCCCCACCCCACCAUUUCCACCUGCUCCCUCCCUUAACCCUAACAAGACAGAGGGACAGUGAUACAACAGGAAGCAGACAAGGGAAGCAAAUAAUUGGCUUCUAAAGGAGACACUUCAAAAAAAAAUCUCUGCCCACAUCCAGAGAAAUUACUUAAACAGUAUGUGAUGUCAUUGUUUCACUUUGUGUUGUUUGUCUUUGCUUCCCUCUCUUCACCCUUUGAAAAUUCUGAUUUAAUUUCUAAGUCAUGGUUAUUCCUUUGUGGUUGACAGAGGCCAAGACUAGCUUUCUUUUUUGGGAAUGUGCUAAUUAUCCAUCCUAUCAUUGUCCACUUAUUUUUCAGUCUGAAUGGGAGCAUGAGAAAUAUCACAAAGAUAUGGAAAUAAUUCAGGCCAGAUAACUGGUUGGGCCACAGUUUAAAACCAGACUUCUACUUUCAUGUAACAUGCCUGAACAUUUAGUGCAGAGGGUAGCAUAGGGUGAUGGCAUGAGUUUUCCAUCCAUCCAGUACAUGUCAACAUCAACAACAAAUAUUGACACUCAAAAUAAAAUACUCCAUACGACAAGUUGUUAUAGGGAGAUGUCAUUUAGUCAGCACGUUUGCCAGUGUCGUACCAUGUGGCAUUUCAGAAAUGUUUUUUGGCAAUUUCCUACAGUAUGUUUAACUGGAUUUAAACUCAACUUGGAAUGCAUAGUUACUACUGCCAGGAAACAGGAUUUUCUUGUGUAUUUUUAAAAGGGAAAAUCAAAUUUCCACAUCCAUGUGGCACAACACACAUUGGCCCACAUGGCCAGUCACUUCUCUGCCUCUAUCGCACGUUUCAGUAAUACAAAUUCAACAACUUCACGCAGGAGAAUGGAUCUGAUGCCGCCCAAGCAAGCAGAAUGACAUAUUGGCCCGAAAAAGGGGUGUCUUUACAUUGCAUCUAUCUUUUUAAUGUGUUUUAUUGCUGUCAGUAAAUGUGGUGAUAUGCUUAUUGCUUUAAACAAUUGGUGUUAAAGGAGGACUACGAAUUUAUGUUAAUUUUUGGAGUAGGUACAAAAGAGAUCUUCUGGUUAGUAUGUCUUUGAAAAAGCCAUUUUGGUGAGGACCACAGCCGCUACACAACAGGCACACUAUGCCCACGAUGGAGUUGAUAAUCUCUUCUUUUUAUAAUAAAAGACAAAUUUGUGGAUAGCUGUGUUUUUGUUUGUGCUUUUUUUUUUUUUCUUUUCAGGAGUUGAUGCAACAGAAUUGACAGUUUUAUAUAUCUUCUACAAUGCAUUAUGGUUGCAAAAAAUAAAAAUAUGUGGCAAACAAA